AUGCUGGAGCUAAGAAUAGAGAAAUAUGCUGUUUUUGUCGACAAGGUUGAGAGUGUUCGACAGCGAAUAGCGCAGUUGAGCCGCUGGCCACCAUCCCCAGUAUUAAUGGAAUAUAAGGAUGUGCGCAUUUCACCACGUUAUCUUGUUCUCACAACAACGUUUCCUGUAGAUGUAGAGUUGCGACCUUUACAACAUUCAAUGACAGAAGAAGAUGCACGUGUGGCGUUGCAGGGAAUUCUUCGAGCACUGUACGCUCUUCACAGUCGACAUAUCGUGCAUGGACAUCUCCGCUUGGAAACACUUCGCGUACAUCCACAGAGUGGAAAUAUUAUACUAACACAUCAUGUACUUCCCAUAGAUUUGUUUGUACCCUCCAGUGAUGUUGGGCGAGAAGCUUGGCACUGUUGUGCCCCAGAGAUAAAGCGUAACUCUGCUUUUGAUUAUAGUGCGGAUAUAUGGGCUCUGGGAGCUGUGUUUAUGCAAUUGGUGGCUCCAGCUGGAAAAGUGUAUGAGACUGAAGAUCUGCUCGAAGUGGAUGUUCUCUCACCGGAUGUAAUGUCGUUGAGUCCAUCUGCGGUUAGUUUCGUCGUACAGUGUUUGAAUGAAGAGGCAGAAGCUCGUCCUACGGUGGCGGAACUUCUUAUGCAUCCUUUUCUCACAGAUAAGCAAGAGUGGCCUGAUAGCUAUGAAAGUGGGAGCGAUGAUACAGGUGAAGAGGUGUGA